ACUCUCUCCAACCCCCCCCUCUCUCUCUCUCUCUCUCUCUCUCUCUCUGUAUUGCCUCAUAAAUUCUAGCCUUCCAUAAACCCUAGAUGCACCAGAUGAUUUCUGUAUAGGGUUUAGAUUCACAACCAUCUUAGCUCGAUCCUCACAAUUCACUUCCCAUUCUUUCUCUCCUUCUCCUAUUUUCAUUGAUACAAACAUACAUAUAGAUAUAUAAAAAUACAAAAAAAAUGGAUCUUCAUAGUCUCGCCGUCGUCUUCCAAGCUGCCCUCAGCCCCAAUCCCGAUGAACGCAAAGCUGCCGAAGAGAGCCUCAAUCAGUUUCAGUACACACCUCAGCAUUUGGUGAGGCUGUUACAGAUAAUUGUAGAUGGGAAUUGCGAUAUGGCGGUACGUCAGGUCGCCAGUAUCCAUUUCAAGAACUUCAUUGCAAAGAACUGGUCACCACAUGAUCCGCAUGAGCAGUCAAAGAUCUUGCCCAGUGAUAAAGACAUGGUUAGGCAGAACAUUCUUGUCUUUGUAGCCCAAGUCCCUCCUUUGUUGAGAGUACAGCUGGGUGAGUGCCUCAAGACAAUUAUCCAUGCAGAUUACCCGGAGCAAUGGCCCAGUCUUUUACAAUGGGUGAAACAUAAUUUACAAGACCAGCAAGUUUAUGGAGCUUUGUUUGUUCAGAGGAUUCUUUGUAGAAAAUACGAGUUCAAGUCAGACGAGGAGAGGACACCGGUUCAUCUCAUUGUCGAGGAGACAUUUCCUAAUCUGCUAAGUAUAUUCAACAGCCUUGUUCAGAUUGUCAACCCUUCAUUGGAAGUGGCGGAUUUGAUCAAGCUAAUCUGCAAAAUAUUCUGGUCAUCCAUAUAUUUGGAGAUUCCAAAACAGUUAUUUGAUCCAAAUACCUUCGAUGCUUGGAUGGUUCUUUUCUUAAAUGUAUUGGAAAGGCCUGUCCCAGUUGAAGGCCAACCUGCUGAUCCGGAGCUCAGGAAAUCAUGGGGAUGGUGGAAGGUAAAAAAGUGGACAGUUCACAUUUUGAACCGCCUGUACACCCGAUUUGGAGAUUUAAAACUUCAAAACCCAGAAAACAAAGCUUUUGCCCAAAUGUUUCAGAAGAACUAUGCAGGAAAAAUUUUGGAGUGCCAUUUGAAUUUGUUGAAUGUGAUUCGCGUUGGUGGCUAUUUGCCCGAUAGAGUUACAAAUCUUGUUUUGCAAUAUAUAAGCAACAGUGUUUCGAAGACCAGUAUGUACAAUCAGCUGCUACCAAGACUUGAUGUUGUUCUUUUUGAGAUAAUUUUUCCACUUAUGUGCUUUAAUGACAAUGAUCAAAAGCUUUGGGAUGAAGACCCACAUGAAUAUGUGAGGAAGGGAUAUGAUAUAAUUGAAGAUCUGUAUAGUCCCAGGACCGCUGCGAUGGAUUUUGUGAGUGAGUUGGUAAGAAAGCGUGGGAAAGAGAACCUUCAAAAGUUUAUACUAUUCAUCGUGGAGAUUUUUAAGAGAUAUGAUGAGACAACGGUGGAAUAUAAGCCCUAUCGACAGAAAGAUGGUGCUCUUCUAGCUAUUGGGGCACUAUGUGAUAAAUUGAAGCAAACUGAGCCUUACAAGUCUGAACUUGAGCGUAUGUUAGUUCAACAUGUUUUCCCUGAGUUCAGCAGUCCUGUGGGACAUCUUAGAGCCAAGGCGGCGUGGGUUGCAGGACAAUAUGCCCAUAUCAACUUUUUGGACCCAAACAAUUUUCCUAAAGCAUUGCAUAGUGUUGUUGCGGGGAUGCGUGACCCAGAGCUUCCAGUUCGUGUUGAUUCAGUCUUUGCAUUGCGUUCAUUUGUUGAAGCUUGCAAAGAUUUGAGUGAAAUCCGACCAAUUCUUCCACAGCUUCUUGAUGAGUUUUUUAAACUUAUGAAUGAAGUUGAAAAUGAGGAUCUUGUAUUUACUCUCGAGACUAUUGUGGACAAGUUUGGGGAGGAGAUGGCACCGUAUGCUCUUGGAUUAUGCCAGAAUCUGGCUGCUGCAUUUUGGAAGUGUAUGAACACCGCAGAAGCUGACGAUGAAGCUGAUGAUCCUGGUGCUUUGGCAGCAGUUGGUUGUUUGCGUGCCAUAAGCACAAUUCUUGAAUCUGUGAGCAGGCUUCCCGACCUUUUUGUCCACAUUGAGCCAACUCUGCUUCCGAUAAUGCGUAGGAUGUUGACCACUGAUGGGCAAGAGGUCUUUGAGGAAGUUUUAGAAAUUGUGUCAUAUAUGACGUUUUUUUCGCCUACAAUAUCCCUGGAAAUGUGGAGUCUAUGGCCAUUGAUGAUGGAAGCAUUGGCUGAUUGGGCUAUUGAUUUCUUUCCAAAUAUCUUGGUUCCGUUGGACAACUAUGUAUCCAGAAGCACAGCACAUUUUCUGACAUGCAAAGAACCAGACUACCAGCAAAGCCUUUGGAAUAUGCUUUCAUCUAUCAUGGGAGAUAAAAAUUUGGAGGACAGCGACAUCGAGCCUGCUCCUAAGCUCAUCGAAGUGGUGUUUCAGAACUGCCGAGGACAAGUGGAUCAAUGGGUUGAGCCAUAUCUUAGGAUUACAGUUGAGCGGUUCCGUCGAACUGAGAAAGCAUACUUGAAAUGCCUUUUGAUGCAAGUGAUUGCUGAUGCUCUUUACUACAAUGCAUUUUUUACUCUCAACAUAUUGCAAAAGCUCGGUGUUGCUACGGAAAUCUUUAACCUUUGGUUCCAGAUGUUGCAGCAAACUAAGAAGAGUGGAGUACGGGCUAAUUUUAAAAGAGAACAUGAUAAGAAAGUCUGCUGCUUGGGGUUAACGUCACUGCUUCCACUUCCUGCCAAUCAAUUGCCAGGGGAGGCUUUAGGACGUGUUUUCCAGGCUACUCUUGAUCUACUUGUUGCAUACAAAGAGCAAGUAGCAGAAGCUGCCAAGGAAGAAGAGGCCGAAGAUGACGAUGAUAUGGAUGGUUUGCAAACUGAUGAUGAGGAUGAUGAUGGAAAUGGGUCUGACAAGGAAAUGGGAGUUGAUGCGGAGGAUGGGGAUGAAGCUGACAGUUUAAGAUUUCAAAAACUAGCUGCACAAGCAAGGGCUUUCCGUCCAAAUGAUGACGACGAUGACGACUCAGAUGAUGACUACAGUGACGAUGAAGAAUUGCAAUCGCCCAUUGAUGAGGUUGACCCUUUUGUUUUCUUCGUGGAUACCAUUAAAGCUUUGCAAGCAUCAGAUCCAUUGAGGUUUCAGAACCUCACACAGACGCUUGACUUCCAUUAUCAAGCGCUAGCAAAUGGUGUUGCUCAGCAUGCUGAGCAGAGAAGAGCAGAGAUUGAGAAGGAAAAAUUGGAGAAAGCAUCAGUGUCUGCUGCAGCUGCCUCGUGAUUUCAGUUGGUGGAAACAACAUUGUAGCUCGAAUUUUGCUCUGCUCCCCCAGUUCUUUGGUUACACCAUUUCUUUUGUAAUGGUUUAGGAAUACCAGGAGUUAUUGCAAAGUCUGGAUGGAGUUUUUGGUUGGUUCAUCUGUCAUGGAGGUCUGUGAACCAAAAAAACUGUCAUUCAGGUCCCAAAGAUGAGCAGAAAGUAGAGAAGCAAACUCUGCUGCUCCUCGUUCUUGAGCAUGGGUUUGGAUAAGUCAUUUUGUCUGGUGAGUCGGCUAUUCUAUGGCAGAAGAUGCCUUUCCCCACAUUUUCUAUUCUCAAUUAUGUAGUUGUAGUUACAAUUUCAUAGUGAUCAAAUUUUCGAUUAUUGUUGUGAGAAGCCCUUGUAUCUGGUUUAGAAAGGGAGGGUGGUUUCAUGCAUAGUGUCCAUGAUGUGUCAUUUCAUCCCCAUAGUUAUCAAGUGCAGUGUUGAUGGCUGUCUUGAAAUUUUUAUAUGCAUUUGGAGGGGGUGAGGGUGAAACUACAAUUUUUUUUUUUUUGUUGAAAAUUUUCGGUUAAUAGUCUUAUGAAUAUUAUAUUGUGUCAUUGGUUAAUUUGGGGUUUGGAGGUUUUGGUCAUAGCAAGGAGGCUUGCUGUAAAACAGUUGUUUCAUUCUUUAUAUGUGGAUUAAUGGAGAGAAUAUUGGUUUUUAUA